UCCCUUCGUUCCUUCCUUCCAUAGGAAAAGCAAAAAAGAAGAGCCCCAGAUGUCUAAAACAUAGUGAUUUUGUUUUUUGUUCAGUUAAUGACUGGAGAUGCAACUGCAUUGCCGCACCCAGACAAGAUAUGCAUGAUCUGAACGCUGAAAAUUAAGCCAAAUAACAUCUUCCAUACCCAUGCAGAAUUCCUGUUCGACACAACUGUUUAUCAUUAAAGGUACCAGUUCUGCCAAGCAGUUCUUUCUUCUUCAUCACACUGCUUUGGCAGAAGGGUUGGACUCAAUGGUCUCCGGAGGUCCCUUCCAACGCCAAUGAUUCUGUGAUUGUGUGAGGAGGGGCGCCUCAACAUGCUGGCCAUGUGGGGGGCUGCCAGGGGAGCCUCCAUGGCAACUGCCAGGACUUUGUGAUACACGCGGCAACCACACCCAAAAGGCAUUGUGACAUAGGGGUGUUCGGUGCCUUCAGGGGCCAGAGUCCCCGUGCUGCUCACUUUCAGGAGAGCAGCUCCGUGAGGAGGUAGCAGCUCUUGAGUGCCUGAGACUGAGUCUCUGUGAGAGGAUAUAAAUGUCCAAGAAGCCGGAGAAGAAGGCCCGCUCCCAGCCCAACAAAGGGCUGCUGAGCGUGCAGGAACGGUGCCAGGUGCGGGAUGUGGUGGGAGGGAGAAGGAUGCCACGGCACCCGAAGCACCGAGGCGUGGGGCACAGCAGAGGGUGGGGUGCCAUGGCGGGCCCUGAGCACCUGUGGCCAGGGCACUGCUCCUCCUGCCCCGGGGCACUUCCUGGCGAGGAGCCGACUCCCGGGCCAGACCAGGCCCAUGCGGCGGGCCCAGCAGCUCUGCCCCCAGAGGCAGAGAGCAGUAGGACUGAGCUCAGCUGGGCCGUCCGUGUGCAGGAGCGGCCUCCUAAUGGGGGCUUUGCCAGGGACGCUGGUGGUAACGCAGCCACCUUCAUUCCAUGCCUCCUUCUCCCUACACAGGUGGGCCGCAGGCCGCAGCAAGCUGUGCAGCCAGGCAGCCGGAGCCGGGAUUUGUCCCUCCGUGAAUUCCAUCUGCCACCGCUACCCCACCUGGAGAGCGCACAAGCCUCUGGGAGCCGCCGUGCACAGGCGGACAGACCAGAGCUCAGGCAGGCAGUGCCCCGCAGCAGCCACUCUGGAGUAGGGAGACAGACUCUGCCAGCCUUGCCGCCUCUCCUACAGCAGGCAAUGCCACUGACAGCUGCACCCCAGAAUGCAGCCACUGCUCAAGGACAACUUCCCACAUUGUCCACACUGCCAGCAACAGCCUCCAGGAGUUCUCCAAGAGGCAGAGCAGGUGCUGUAGGAGCUACCAGUGGUGGACUGCCUGUCCUAUCUGUACAGGGCAACCCUCAACACCACGAUACGGCAGCGAGGGCUGAGGGCUGGCAGGCAGAUCUGUGUGUCCCUGCACCCCCGUUCGAGGCUGCAAAGAAAACGCCCAAGUCCCUGAGGUUGGCGUACCGCAGGCGUCCGAUAGCCACAAGUCCGGGACCCUGCCAGAAACCAGCAUGGCCUACGCAACGUGCACCCACCAGGACUGUGAGAACACCGGCACAAACAACCCAGGUGCCGGCCCCCAAGGCUGGGAAGCACCCCAAGGAUGAGACACGACCUGCUGCCAGUGCUCAGGAGGGCACCAGAGAUGCUGACAGGGUCUCUGCGUCACGUUCCCUGACAGCAGAGCAGGCAGCAGACGAUGGCGCCAAAGCUGCUGGCACUUCCCAGGCCAUGCUAGCUACCAAGGAUACUGAAGAAAGGCCACGGUCCGUCAAGAGGUGGGGCAUUUGCCUGCCCUGCUGUCUUUGCUGUUCUACUGGCAGUGUUCAGAUGGAUGAGCAGAAAGAGAGGAAAGGCACCGCUGAGAGAGACGCUGAGAGAGACGCUGUGGUGGUGGCAGCCAAAGACCCUGUGAGCACAUCAUUCGGUGAGGCAGAGGCCCAACCUCCAGCGUCUCCAGUGCCAGGGAAGCUUCAGCACGGGGUGGACAGGCUGGAGCUCAGGGACGCAUCCACCCGCAGCAGAGCCCCUGGGGAAGGGACACAGCCUCUGCCAAGUGGUGGACCAUUCCUGCAUGUCCCUGUACCCCCUCUCAAGCCUGCUCAUCCCUCACGCAAGUUCCUCAAUUUGGCAUACCAAAGGAGUCCGGUAGCCACAAGACCAGGACCUUGGCAGAAACCAGCAGGUCCAAGGCAACGCGCACCCUCCAGCACUGUAAGAGCACCAGCACAAACAACCCAGGUGCCGGCUCCCAAGGCUGGGAAGCACCCCAAGGGUGAGAUACGACCUGCUGCCAGUGCUCAGGAGGACACCAGAGAUGCUGACAGGGUCUCUAUGUCAUGUUCCCUGGCAGCAGAGCAGGCAGCAGACGAUGGUGCCAAAGCUGCUGGCACUUCUCAGACCAUGCUGGGUGCCAGGAUUGCUGAAGAAAGGGCAGGGUCUGGCAGGAGUGGGGCCGUGUUCCUGCCGUACUGUCUUUGCUGUUCUACCUGCCGUGAUGUUCUGAUGGAUGAGCAGGAAGAGGGGGAAGACAGCACUGUGGGAGAGGCUGCUAAAGGCCCAGCGAGCACACCAUCUGGGCAGGCACAAUCCUUGCCUCCAGCCUCUGCUCUGUCUGCAGGUCCCAGGCGUGAGGGGCAAUUCGUACCUACCCACGCCUUGUUGCCAAAGGAUGAUCUUUGUUGGGACACUGAAAGCUUUUUUCUGCGGGACCACUGGGUAGACAAGCCUGAGUAAAGGAAUACACAGAAGCAGCCAAUACCACAGUGACUGUUUGGUGUCCCCCCCACUCUGGUGAAGCAGAAGACAAGCCUUCAGCUUCUGGUGUGACUGUGUGCCCUCAGCAUGAGGCGAGCAAGGCACAAGUGGUUGGCACCAGGCUCAAAAAGAAGACUGGGUCUGGACUGCGCUCAAUGGGGGGAAGCCUGGCAGGUUGAGACAGCCUCUGCCAACCUGUGGGCCAGCCCAGCACGUCCCUCCCUGCACUCCCUCUCCAGUCAGCAAAUGAAACACCCUGGUCACUCAGAUACCGGAGGCAACAAGAUCCGCGGCCUCCUCUGCUCUCUGUUCUUGAGCUUACAUUUACGCAAGCCUCCGUCCUUCAGCUUGUACCUGCUCAAGUCAUGCCAGAGGCUGUUCUCAUGAUGCAGGAGAGCAGUUCUCUUGAUUCAGUACCCAUGUGCGCAUUUCCUGUUCUACACAACUGUUUAUCAUCUAGGUGCCAGUUCUGCCAAGCAGCUCUUCCUUCAUCACCGCAGCAUCACUUCAUCGCCUUUACAUUUGGCAAGGAAGUAGGAAAGGUAUCGGCACUUGAUGAGACGCUUCGCUUUCCCGUUUGUGUACAAAUUGCUUCUCACCUACAUGUAGAUGACCAUUUUGUACACGGAUUCCUCAUUAGGCUAAAUCUGGCUUUUUAAUUUGGAACUAAGAAAAAAUAUAAUAAAACUAUUAAAUUU